GUUCGGCUUCAUGAGCUGCUCUCAGAAUUUUGCAGAUUCGCAUUGCAUGUGGUGCGAUAACCGCAAGAUUGUGAACAUCUCUGCUGUGGUGAGAAUGUUCCCUGAAAAUAUAACUUUAUUAGCUUUUCCAAAAACAUGAUCAGAGUCGUCCCACCUGGAACAUUUAGUCGUUUUGCUGGACUCAAACAUCUAGACCUGAGUCAAAAUAAACUAGCAUUUCUGAAAGGUGAAGAAUUCAAAGGACUUCAUCUCCUGCAGUUUCUCAACCUCACCGGCAACAACAUGUCACUCAUCCAUUCGAACGCAUUUGAAGGACUCACCGGUCUGAAAGUCCUUCUUCUGAGCAGAAACAGCCUUUCAGACGUCUCUGGCCUUCUCUUUCAUUUCUUUCCUGCCAUUGAAAGCAUCGAUCUGUCACUCAACAAGUUAAAGUCUUUCAGCUGUGAAGAGUGUGGAGGCUCCCUGUCUCUAAAAUACUUGAAUCUCUCAGUAAACAACAUCCAGAAGGUAAAUGUGAGAUGUUUUCCAGCUCUGAAAUACAUCAAACUGUCCAACAAUACACAACUGGAGCUGCAGCCAGAUGCUUUUAACUCAAAUCGGCAGCUGAGGACUCUGCUCCUUCAGUCGGUCGGGGUAGAAAGUCUAAUGGGACUUUCUGCACAGACGAGGGGAGAUCUCAUUCACAUAUCAUUUUCUAUGUUUGCUGAGAAUUCUUCGUGGACAAUCUGUGAUGUGCUGAGACAGAUGGAAAACGUCACCAAAGUAGAGGUUGACCUAAAAGGAUCCAAGUUACCUGAGAGUAACACCAGCCUUCUGGACUGCCCCACUCCUACCAUGCUUAUAAUUCUGCAAGCACAGUUGGGGAAUGUGGAUCGUUUGUCUUCGGAAAAGAGUAACACAAGCAAACUUUAUCUCAUCAACUGUGGUUUAAAGCAGAUAUCAAAUGCAACGUUUCAGGGUUUCACAGCUCUUAAAACACUUUACCUAAACCAAAAUCAUGUUAACAUUAAGCGGGACACAUUCAGAAGCCUGACUAAGCUGACAUUUUUAAGUUUGGACAGGAACAGGAUUCGGGACACUGACUCCGGUUGGUUUCACUCUCUCAAAGGUCUCACUUGCCUGUCCCUUAUGAAAAAUGAGAUCACUGAGCUGGAGGCGAAUGUAUUUAAUGCUCUAACUAGUCUUGAGCAGCUCUACCUGCAGUUCAACCUGUUAAGAUCCCUCAAGAAGAAGACUUUUGGUAAUCUGCGCAGGCUAAAGAAGCUGAACCUCAGUUUAAAUAUAAUUUGUUUCAUUGAAGUGGGCACCUUCCAGGACCUGACAAACUUAAGAUACCUUGACCUUAGUGGGAACCGAAUCAGGAGGGUGACACCAUUUAUUCUGUCUGGCCUUCAAAAACUGACUGCGCUUGUUCUGUAUAACAAUCGUCUCGAAUUCAGAUCCUACGAAUUUCCAUUUGAGUCCCUAACUUCUCUGAGGUUUCUAGAAAUGAGAUACCAGGGACCUGGAGGUUAUGGCAUUGGUGACAUUGGACCACAUUUCUUCAAGGGUCUACAGAACCUUACAUGCAUAAACAUCGGAAACAGUGUCAAGAUGAAUAUACAUCCCGACGCAUUUACUCCUCUGAUCAGUUUGAAGAUCUUGUUCAUAGAUGGAGUGGUUUUAAAAGAGACCAACCUAUCUGCAGUGCUGUCGCCCCUAAAGGGCCUUUCAAAGCUGAUGCUGCACAGGGCAGACCUCGACUCCCUACCAGCAAACCUCCUGCCUCCGAAUAAUUCACUGAAGGUUCUCAAAGUUUCUUCAAACCACAUCCGUACAUUAAACAAGGAAAUGCUGAGUAAUAUACCAAGUUAUGCUAUUGGCCUUUUUUUGGCUUUCAGUGUCGUUGUUUCCUUGGACAAAACACUAAUGGCCAAAGCAAAACUUAGAGGAAGAAAAAGAGGUGCAGGGGUUAGAUUUCAGUAUGAUGCAUUCAUCUCUUACAGCUCCAAAGAUGAGGACUGGGUGAUGAAACAGCUGGUGCCUAAUUUGGAGAAACCGGCUGCUGGUGCAGCAAAACUCAGGCUGUGCCUGCAUCACAGAGACUUCCGCCCCGGUGCUGCGGUCCUGGAGAACAUCGAGGCUGCAAUCUAUGGAUCUCGACACACCAUCUGCGUGGUGAGCCAUUCAUACCUGCAAAGUGAGUGGUGCUCUGUGGAGUUUCAGCUUGCCAGUCUGAGGCUUCUGUGUGAUGGAAAUGAUGUCCUUCUGAUGGUGUUCCUGGAGGAGAUCCCUGAGCACUGCCUGUCCCCCUACACGCGGCUGCGCAGGAUUGUGCACAGAAGGACAUACCUGCUGUGGCCGGAAAACCCUCUAGAACAGAACGCCUUCUGGGUCAGACUGAUGGACGCUUUGAGAGACAGUAAAGGAUUGAAGGAGGCAGGAGAGUUUUGAGGAAAGCAAAUGGUGGUUUUGGUUGUCGGAUAGAUCCAAGGAUCAACAAAUACCCACCUGGAAUGAAACUAUAGCUGCCUUUCUUGGGGAGAAAUUUUUGGAGAGAAAGUGUUUUGGAAAUAGAUGGUCGACUACAAA